AUGAAUAGUAUUGAACCAUUAUCAUUAAAAUCAUUAGCUUUACCAGAUAAUUCAAGUGGAACAUUAAUAAUAUCAUCAAUAAUUCGUAGUAAUGUUGGUAGUAAUAAUUGUACUCUAUCAUUACAAUAUAAAUUUAUUGAACAAAUCGUUUACUUAUAUAUCAUGUCACCAUUAUGUAUAAUUGGUUUACUAUUAAAUAUUAUUAAUUUAUGGAUAUUUAGUGAUCGAUCAUUUAAAAAUUUAACAUUUAAAUAUUUAAGAUUAAUCGCAUUUGUCGAUUGUAUUACUUGUAUUCUUGUUUUUAUUUAUUGUAUUACAAAUUAUACAAAACCAUCAUCAUUAAAAGAUAAAUAUUUUCGUACAUGGUAUCUUGUAAAUGUUUAUUUUCCUUUAGCUAAUAUUACCGCUGGAUGUAAUGUACUUUUAACAAUAACCGUAACAAUUGAACGUUUAGUAAGUGUUCGAUGGCCAAUGGAAAAACAAAAAUUAUUUUCAUCUAAUCGUGUUCUAAUAACACUUAUUAUGGUUUUUCUAUUUCCAAUUGUUGCCAAUUCUGUGAAUUUUCUUGUCUAUAAAAUAUCUAAAUGUAAUAAUGCUGAACAAACACAAAUAGCCGUAACAUUAGCCUAUAAAUAUUUUGGUAUAAUUAAAGAAAUUUUACUUCGUUUUAUACCUAUUUGUAUUUUAAUAUGUUCAAAUUGUUUAUUAUUAAUGACGGUAAGAAAAGCUCGUCAAAAAAUUAGAAAACCAGCAAAAAAAAUGAAAAUUGUUUAUGAACAACGAUCAAUGACAAUUAUGACACCUCUUUCCGCUUGUUAUACUCAAAUGGAUAAAAUUAUCGAUGGAAAUGAUGGUUCAUGUUAUACAACACCAGUUAAUAAGUAUUUAUCAAAUUCUCAAUCACAAACUGACGAUCUUAUUAAUCAUCAAGAACAUAUUUAUCCUCGUGAAUCAGCAAUGUCGAUAACAUCGUCAGUUAGUGUUAGCGGUACACAUCGUGAAUCAAAAUUGACUUCGGCUACUUCGACACCACAUCAUACAAGAAAACAAAAUCAAGAACGUCAAUUAACUAUUAUGUUAAUAUGGUUAUCGACAUUGUAUUUAUGUGGUCAAAUUCCAAUGUUAUUUGCCUAUCCAAAUUUUGUCUUUCGAAAUAUAUCAGGUGCAGCUUAUAAAUAUUAUGCACUUGUUGUGAACUUAAUGGAAUUAGUAACAUAUUUAGCAAACUUUUUUAUCUAUAUCACAUUCACAACUCAAUUUCAGUUAGUAUUUUUGUCAAAAAUGAAACAACGAUUUUUAUGCAAGAUAGGAUAG